ACCAAUACGACGUUGCGUCAACGACAACCUCCACCAUGAACUUGCCAACCACCAACCAAGCUUGCAUAGAGGAGGGCCAGGCCUACUGGACGACGAGAUGAGGUCCGGGCUGCCACUCGUCAACCACAACAACAACUCCCUUCCCGCCAAACAACAACACGAGGAUGACGACGACAUGUUCGACGCCCCUCGCACCUACCCCACAAGCUUCUGUGGUCGGCCGGCGCGCCCAACCAUGAUCAGCGCCAAGUACCGACAAAAAGAGGAGCGAAGAAAAGUACUCAAGAUUUCCAUCAACAAGCUGAAGAAGAUCGAGGACCCCGAGAGUUCGCUCAGACGGUCGGUCUUGAUUAACAACACGAUGAGGAAACUGCAACGCGAGUCUCGAGAAGAGAAGAUGGUGAAGCAGCAGAGUUUCCGGUAUAGCUACUCGUCGGACCUGUUCAAGGAAGACGAGAACACGGUGGACCCACUGGCAAGUGCUACCACUACGACAACUCGUACCUCCCAGUCUGACCAACUGGUGGACAUCACCAACCUACCUGAGCCUCACAAGCCUCCCCACGCCAAGCCUUCGGAGGACCCCCUGGGCUGUGAGGAGUCCAUGGACCUCAUGGACAGCUUAGUGGCUCCUGAGGAAGAAACACCUGCCAGUCGCUGCGCCGCCGGCAGAAAAAGAUCGUUCGACGAUGUGGAAGACUGUGAUGUUCAAGACGUCCUCUCCCAGUUCUACCUGCCUCCGACACCCCGUAUGGUCACGUCGCUUGACGAAGAUGAAGACGAAGACGUUAACGUAGUCGACCUAGACACGCCCUCGGACAAGAGGCCGCGGCUGGAGGCGGAUAGGUUACGAGAUACGCCAAGUUACUCCUGCGGUCACUCGUCCAUCUUCAACGAGCUCCAGUCUGUCGUCUACCACAGUCUGAUCGCGUCGCUGGAGACGUAGCAGUCGGUCUGGCCCUUGUAAACCUCGUACUUAGACUCGGCAGUCUUUCAGUGAGGUCCACAGCGUAGUUUUAAGUAUUCCAGUGGCCUAUACGAUUUGUUUCUUUUGGAAUUUAACUAAUUUUGGGAAAAGAUCUAAAUUUUGUUUUUGUUUUUUGUUGUUUUUUUGCUUUUCUAGAUUUGUUUUUGUUUCACUAAUUUUGGAAGACUUCAAAAUUUGUAUUUUCAGAUGUCUUUAUCAGCAUAAAAAUCCCAUACAAGACUUUUUUAGUUCCCACCAAAUAAAUUUACAAACUUAUAGUACAGAACCUUAAUCAAUUUUUGUCAUUUGUUGAAAGAAAGUCGAUAAAAUCACAUCAUAAAGUAAUGUUGUAUCUUUAAUUCGUCUUUAUUCUAAUUUAAAAUGUUGAAUUAUGUUAAGAAAAACUAAUAAAUUAAAAAUUAUGAAUAAUUUUAAUAGGACUAAAUCUAAUAGAUAUGGGUGAUGAAGACUCUAACCAAAUUGACCAUUGAUGAGACUUUCAAAUUUAAGUGUUUUGCAGUAAAAAAGUAUGAAUUUUCAAAUAAAUUUGUUUUACUAAGUUGAUCACCGAGUCGAUUUUAACAAUACGACGAUGAACUAGAGAUUUCUAGUGUAAUAUUCAGUAUUACCUUUCAGUAUUACCAUCUGUGGUUGUAAUGAUCAACUCUUGAUAUGGCCAAUACAUAUUUAUAUUUCGGAAAUAUAAUAUAAAAUGUUUUAUUUUGUUACGUCCGUGAACCUCAUUUGAAAGAUUGCCUUUCUUUAUAGACUUUUGUUCAAUUACAGCUCAAAGGUGCAUCUUGCCCAUUUUUAUAUGUUUUCCUAAACCGAAAACCUGUUUUGUGUGAAACAGAUUGUAAUUUGUUUUUAUACGAUACUUAAAUUAUAUUUUCCCCAAGCCUUAUCCUAGGGAACACCAUUUCUACAAAAAGUGACUCUUAGGUUUUAAUUUACCUACGAAUAAAGUAAUAUAUAAUUAUGGUGAUCCGUUGGAUUUCCGCCAAAUAGGUUGACUGAGGAUUAGAGUUAACUUGAAUUUAAUCGGUAUUGCUUGUCAAUAAGGGAUGUUUGGAAUGAUCGAUAAAGUUAAUCUUCUAUGAUAAAUCUGAUUAGUUUUGUUGAAAUUUGUAUUUUUUCUAUGUAGUCAAAAUAAAAUACAUAUUUUAUUUUAUAGCUUAAUAACUUUACCUUAUCUUUGAAUAAUUGAUUAAAAUUUAAAUUUCACAGACUGUGAAGCAAAGUUAACAGUUAGUUUUUGCUGUUAACAAUAAUCCUCCGUCUCCCUACUUAAGUGCCCUGGUGUUAUAAGCAGUGUACAUACGAUUGAAAGUAGAUUGUAAAAUAUUUGUAUAUACGUGUAUAUUUUUGGUACACUUUCCUACAGUGAAUUGGAAAGAUAGUUUUAAAGCAAUUCUAAAACGAGAGAUUCUAAAACGUGGAGGGAUUUUCACAAAAGCAUCCGCCGAUCUGUUUCCUUUCUUUCUGUUUCCCAUGGAAAGUGGACCAAUCGCGAGGCUGUUAGUGUUUUUUUCUCAUAGCUUGGAGUACUUAGGUGCUCCCUAUUUUGCGAAACAUCUCAUUGUUUAGAUGACUUAGUGAAAUGGCUUUCAGUGUCCAUUUUGAAUGAAAUCUCAGUUACUUUUUCGUUGGAGAAAGUAACUCAGAUUCGUAGUCAUAGCUGUUUUUAAUUGUUGCUUUUCGCCUGGAAGGCGUUAUUUUUUCACUUUGAGAUGUGUAUUUUUUGAAUGUGUAGAACUUCACUUCUUCUUUCUUGGGUGGUGCCUAAACAAUCAUGAUCUUAGCACGUCGACACGUGUUUGCCUAUCUUUAUUUGGGCCUUAUCGUUGACAAUUUCUUUCUCUUUUUUGAGCUUGGCUCCUUCAGCUAUUAUGAGACUACUGAAUCACUGGACUACUGAAUAUUUGCAAUUCUGUUAAGUAGCAUUAAUUUUAUCAUUAUAUGUUUAAGGAAAUAUAAUUUUUUUGUUCACUUGCAUUUUGUUUUUGUUAAUUUUAGGGUAACAAUUUUUGUUAUUUUUAAUCAAUUGAUAUUAAAUUUGUUUAAGUCACCUUCAUUAUUUGAAAUAAGCUCCUCAGUAGUUACAAAUGUACUUAAAAAUGUAAACUAUUUUUUUUUUAUUUAACCUUUCUAAAAGUCAAAUUACAAGUCAAUUUACCACAGGUUUUAAAAUCAAUUACCUCCAGUAAAUGUGUAGUAUAAUCUAGUUGUUCUAUGUUCAAUUACUCUGAGCAAUAUGAAUGUAUCCAACUUAGAGGAGCAAUAUCGCAAUAAAACUCCCAAAAAGUCCCAAUCAUUCAGUUACAAUGUUAUCCAUUUAUAUUGCAAGUUAUGUGUUGUUAUUGUUAGUGAUUAUUUUUAUGUUAAGUUGCUUCAUGAAGCAUUUCCCCCUCAGUGAUUCAGUGUCGGUUCCCAUAGCUUCUUCCUCCUCUCCCAAGAUAGCGUUCUGUGAUAACAGCCUAAAUAAGCACACUCUUCGUGCUACCCUGUAUCUUUCAAUUUUUGUAUAGUUUGUGUCAAUGAAAAGUUUUGUUUUAAUAUCGUACUGUAUAUUUUUACAAUGAAUUUGUUUUACUAUAGCCUAUUGUAUAGAGACUAUGUUAAGUACCAAAAUUUAAAUGGUUACCGACGAACAACUGUAUAGUGAUUUGAUCGUCACAAUAUUAAUAUUAUGUUAAAUAUUAUAUAUACCAAUAAUUAUAUGACAUUAAAGUA